CCGGAUAGGUACAUUUUAGAUCGAUAGAGGAAUGACAUCAAACGGAGAUAUACGUUAGUCCAGAGUACCUAUGACACAGGAAAUCAAUAGGAAGAUACUAAUAGAUAUUCAAGUCUGCUGAAUAUUUGUUAUCAGAUGAUUACUCAUGCAGCGGGUUCAAAAGAGCAUACUGAAGAUGCAACUAAGAAGUUAUAUGCAAUGAUUGAUUUAUAUCAUGGCAACCAAGAACCCCCUUCGAUGACCCAAACUCAGUCCAAUGUUGGUUUAACUACAAAUGACACACCUACCGUUGGUAGUUCGCAGCAAGUACUCAGUCCACGAGUUGUGCGCGGAAAAGGUAGACCCUCAUCUCUGAGUAGAGCAUCCAGGAUGGAGCAAGAAAUGCGGAAGGUUAAAGCGAGGACGAAGAAAGCAACUGUAAAGGAAAAACGUAAAGAGCGAGAUGGAGGGGAUAUACCAUCUCAAAACACGUGUAGGAAUUUAUUUGGCCCAUCUGAGAUAGAUCUUGAUUCUGAAGGAAAUGUGCAGACUAUUCCCUUCAACUCAGCUUUUGACAUUAGUGGAUUCCAAAAUAUGGUUGGGAGUCAAGAAAGUAUGCAACUUGGUUUGGACGGAUCACAACCUUUGCCCAAAUGAUAUGAAUGGAGUUAAUUUUAAU